AUAAGUUAUUAUGCUAUUACAUAUAUGUAUGCAUAUACGCAGCCGGAGGGACGUGCCCCCCUGGCGCCCGGGCCCCAAUCCAGGAAAGAGAAUAAGUGGGGGUCCCUAAUCAGUCGCGACGACGCAUGGCCAGGGGACCGGCCGACUGGGACCUUGAAUUUUUUGGAGCUUGGCCAUCGCUUGAGGGUGAGACUGAGACCGAGAGUGACAGUUCGACGUUCCGAGUUCGCGACAGACAGACAGCUGAAAUCUCAGAAAGCCUCCAGCUGUCGGACUCGUAUAUCAGCCCAGCAUGAGUCUACAUUUGCCGGCCAGAAGGCUGGCACAGACCGCCCGGUCUGGUCUCCUUCCCCAUACACAACGCCGUUCAAUAUCAUGGUUCAACUGGGGUGGAAGUGCGACCAAGAAGUCCGCUCUGACUGAGGAGCUCGACAAGCGGGAUCAGCAAAAGAAGAUCUUCGACAGGAUGCAGGACCGGACAGCUGGCGAGUCCGUCUUCGAUGAAGAGAUCAAGAAGUCGGACGACGGCCAGAAGAAGUCCUCCUCCCCAGACGCACAGGUCGGCAUGUCCCGCGCAAAGGAGCACAUGCAGCGAGCCCUCGACCCCGAUCCGAGGUGGAGAAUACGUUGGCAGCGAAAGAAGGUCAUGCAGAUGGUCCGCAACGGCGGCAAGAUGACCAAGGACCAGCGCAUCAAGAUGACCGAGAAGGAGCUCACCCAGAAGAGCGAGAACCUCAACACCAGCACCAAGAAGCUGAUGUUCCUCACCCGCCAGAUCCAAGGCAAGACCCUCGACGACGCCCUCACCCAGAUGCGCUACAGCAAGAAGAAGACCGCCCCCGAGAUCAUCUACGUCCUCAACGAGGCCAGAGACAGAGCCAUCGUCGGUCGCGGCAUGGGUCUGGGACAGGUCAACGGCGAGGUUCUCGCCAAGCCGCGCAAGGUCCUGACCAAGGACGGCAAGUGGAUUGAGGUCGAGGAUCCCACCCGCUUAUACAUCGACCAGGCCUGGGUUGGAAAGGGUCAGAACAGGGGCAUGAGGAUACAGUAUCACGCAAGAGGGCGUAUGAGCAGGAUGAUCAAGCCUUCCGCCCACCUUACCAUCGUUCUGAAAGAAGAGAAGACGAGACUACGCCUGCACGACGAGAAGGUUGAGAAGGAGGCAAAGGCGAAGCCCUGGGUCCACCUUCCCAACAGGCCAGUCACCGCACAGAGGCCAUACUACAGCUGGUAAUUUCAUCAUGACGCUGCUGCUGUCGACUGGGUCGGGAAAGGAGUGUACUGUACAUACUCACCUGUAACAAUAACUGUGCAUUACACACUGUAAUACAACAUUGGAAGACAAUUCCUUUUCUCCACCGCCAGCCUUUUACGUAGUGUUGCUGGGAAAGGAGACGUUUAAUGGGAUAACAAGCCAGCCUCUCAACAUCAUCGAAAGCGAAUCGCAGUGGAAUGUGCAGAUGGUCACAUCACGUCAUAUUUUCAAAGAAUCUUCUUCCAUUGUCAAACUAUUGAGGCCCUCCAUUGGAACUACAAGGCCUCACACCCCGAUUCGGAUACCAUACACGUUUCUCAUCUUGUGUAUAGGACGAACUUCAAAGCCAACCACCUUGAGCUGAAACGAAUUCUCCAUCGGUC